AUGGAGAAGGCGGCGUCUAACUUCGGGGACAGCGAAGGGCGCGUGAUGGCAGCCACGCCUGCGCCACGAUGCCGGUCCUCUGUAGCAGCUAACCUGAGAGCUCUGGGAUUGUGUGAGGGCGACGCUGUUGUGGUCCACUCUUCCAUGUCAUCCAUUGGCUGGGCACUCAUGGACGUGGUAGGCCCUGAGGGGACAAUCAUGAUGCCAUCAUUCACCUAUGUGUAUUCAGACCCGGCCAACUGGAGUGCCCCACCAGCACCUCGCGACUGGCACGACACUAUCCGCAGGGAGAUGCCUCUCUUCAACCCGCUCUUCACGCCAACGUUUGGGAUGGGCCGCAUCGCGGAGUGUUUUCGUUCGUGGCCGGGCACGCACCGAUCAGGCCAUCCACAGGCUUCGUUGACAGCUUGGGGCAAACACGCUCGCUACCUGACAGAGGACCACGCACUGGACUACCCGUUCGACUCCACCACCUCACCCUUGGGGAAGAUGUCGGCCUUGCCGGGAAGCAAGGUGCUGCUGUUGGGGGUCUCUUGGAACCGCAAUUCAUCUUUUUACGUCGCCGAGAAGCUGAGCGGUUGCUUCCAACCGACCAAGGAAGGAUGCCCCUGGCUAGACGCGGACGGGAAUAAGAUCUGGCAAGAGUUUGACGAUGUGGAUAGUGCUGAAGACGAGCUUCUUGAAGAAGUGGGUGCGGCUUUCGAGGAAUCUACCCUGCGCGAGUCGGCUUCGUUGACAAGCAAGAUCCAGCGCGGGAAGGUGGGAUCGGCUUCGUGUCGUCUGUUUGGCUGUAAAGCGAGCGUGGACUUUGCUGUGCUGUACUACCAACAGAAGAAGUACUCUAAGUGA